AUGCCUCGGGACUGGGUGCGAAAGGCACCCCGAGCCGGAUGGUCAGCUUGGCAUGGCUCCACAGAUGCCGCAGGUGAAGUUGUGAGGAAAGAUGAGGAAGUGAGAUCCCAACUUGAGGAAGUGCGGGAGCCAGCAGAUUGGAAGUCCGAAGAGGCAGAGCCGGCAAAGCCGGAAAGCCGUGCGGAGGAUUUAGAACUCCCUGCAGAUUGGGGUGAGCCAGCGCCUGCGUUUGGCGCACCACCCUGGGAAUGGCCCGGGGCCGACACUUGGUUUCCGGAGCAGCGCACCGAAGCGGAUUUACAAGAUGCCUUCCCACCGGACCUGUGGUUUGGUGAAGAUGGUGAUGGCUGGUAUGGGGACAACUUCUUCAAUCCGGCGCUGUGGGGAAGCUACGAAGAUGGCCCUGAUGGCUUCAUCGGCCGCCGCCACGGACAGGUGCCAAAGCGAGCCAAUCUCAAGGAGCAGUUCGAGAAAGGUGACGCAAAGAAGGUCACAACCCUGAUGUUGCGGAACGUCCCCAACGCGUAUGAUCGCGAGACGUUGAUGGAAGAACUGGCAAGCCUUGGUUUUGAGGGCUCCUUUGACUUUUUGUAUUUGCCCAUUGACACAUCGACGAAGAACAACGUCGGGUACGCCUUCGUGAAUUUUUGCACAGAAGACGCAUGCAUGAGAUGUAUGGAGAAACUGCGUGGCUACUACUUCAGAGGGCAGCCCUACAACCGCCGCAGGGCUGCCAUUGUUUCCGUUGCGCAUCUGCAGGGUCUUGAAGCUAAUCUUCAACACUACAGCCGCACGCAGGUCUUCAACGCGCGACUGCCAUGUCAGCGUCCAUGGGUGGCUCGUGAGGCAGCUGAGGCCCUCGUUGAGCAUGGCUGCCCUUGGGCCCCAGGUGGGUUUGCCAAGUUGAUGGAGGAUGCAGCUGCGCGUCCAGGAACGCAGCCUGACACACAGUCCCUCAUACACCGACGGCGUGCGCGCGAACGGUGGAUGUUCCGGUCCUACGGGCUUGCUGCUUAUGACAUGAUGCCUGACGGUUUUUUUGGUCCCGGAGAUCAGGCAAUGUACAGUAAUGAUGCUCCGCGAUACCACAGUCCAGGACAGGUGCUUCAUGAUGACGGGUUACCUGGCGACGUCUCAAAGGAAGUGGGUGAACAGGAGUUGACGACGGCGCCCAGCGCCGACAAGCCUAGCAACCCUGACCAAAAUCGCAAUGCAGUUUCUGUUCUUUCUCGCAUGUUGAGGGGUGAAGCAGUCGACCAGCAAGACUUGCCUGAAGAAGAUGACAUGGAUGACCCAGGAAUUGAUGGGCUGGUGCCUGACAUGAUGCCCAUGCUGUUUGAUGAGUCGUGGUACAGAUGGUCUGCCUUCCCUUACAGCUACGACUAUGACGCCCCUGCCCCAUAUCUUACGCAGGAGACUGUUCAGAGUGGGCAGCCCGAUGGGGCAGACAGUGAGAGGACAGCAUUAGUGUUGACAAACGUUCCCCGUGGUUUUUCUGCGCGUGCGAUUUACGACGUGCUGCGGCGCUUGCGGGUGUACGACAGUUGCAGAGGCCUGUGCUUCUUAGAGGCUGGGACAGGAUAUGGCCAGCGGACCUCCGUGCUCCAAUUCAAUUCCGCAGAGGAGGCAGAGGUGGCCAAGCUUGCGCUGCAAGAAGCCACCUGGGGUGGAGAGAGGAAAGGGGAAGAUGCCAAGAUCCAGGUGGAGGAUCUCCUCACACACGACUCGUCGCAGUUUUCAGCAGAUGGUGCUUAUACCGAAAGCUCCUGGAAAGAGGGGCCUUCGCCCGCGCAGGAUUUCACAGAGCAGUGGGAUGCCAUGCCAUGGUUUGCACCUGAGCAACAAGAUAUGUGUGUGCCAGUGUCAGCAGAGCCAGCACCCAAGACAACCAUGGAGUGGCUGGAACCUGACAUCGCCCAAGAGGAAGAAGACAUUGCCAAGCUUAGAUUUGAGGAAGAGCCAUUUGCACUGGCAGACAAUUUGGCCGAGAUGCCGCACAUGAACGGCUCCGCAUCGAGCCUUGAUCCCGUGGAUGACUCUUCCGCCUGCCCUGAGAGCGUGACCCGAAAGGAUCCGUUCGUCGGGGAAGAAGACUUGGAGAAGAGUUGGCCGAAGUUGCCAAGCAAGGACUGGGUCGAUGCAGAGGUCUGUGGCAUGUACCCGAAAGGGGCAUGGGUGCGGAUGACUGCGCCAUCCACGAAAACCGACUUCCGGUCUCUUUUGAAGAAAGAGCACUUCACGGAGCCUUUUCUCCAGGAGAGCCACGUUGGUAUGAAGAUCAAGGUGCGGGUGUUGGAGGCCAACGUUGCCAAGAAGCAGCUGUACCUUAGCAUGCUUGAACCAGGGCAAGAGUGA